ACACAUACACAGCUCUGCACCACGCACAUCACACACACACAGCUCUGCUGCAUACACAUAACUUCAGCUCAUCCAGCAGCGAUCACAACCAGCACAGCAGAGUCCUGCAUACACUGAGCAGAUGAGCCUAGAGCAGCAGCCCCUGAUCAUGUGACUCCUCCUCCUCCAUGUGACUGAUCACAUGACGGUGACAUCAUCGCAGGUCCUGUACACGGCUCCUCUACAGAUACAGAACGUGGCGGUCUAUUUCUCCAUGGAGGAGUGGGAGUAUGUAGAAGGACACAAGGAUCAGUACAGGGAUCAGGUGAUGAUGGAGGAUCAGCAGCCCCUCACAUCACCAGUCAGAUCCAGUAAGAGAACAGCACCAGAGAGGUGUCCCCGUCCUCUUGAUAAGCAGAAUAUGGAGGAUAAUACUACAGAGAAAGAUCUCAUACAUAUUAAUGCUACAGACAUAAAGCAAAGAAGAAGGACAGAUGUGAGCGGUGAUGAGCAGUAUAAGGAGGACAUUACUACAGGGAAAGAUCUGAUCUAUAUUAAUGCUACAGACAUAAAGCAAGAAGAAGAGACACAUGUGAGCGGUGAUGAGCAGUAUAUGGAGGACAUUCCUACAGGGAAAGAUCUGAACAAUAUUAAUGUUACAGACAUAAAGCAAGAAGAAGAGACAGAUGUGAGCAGUGAUGAGCAGUAUAAGGACAUUUCUACAGCGAAAGAUCUGAACAAUAUUAAUGCUACAAACAUAAAGGAAGAAGAAGAGACAGAUGUGAGCGGUGUUGAGCAUUAUACAGAGGACAUUUCUACAGGGAAAGAUCUGAUCUAUAUUAAAGCUACAGACAUAAAGGAAGAAGAAGAGACAGAUGUGAGCGGUGACGAGCAGUAUAUGGAGGACAUUUCUACAGGGAAAGAUCUGAACAAUAUUAAUGCUACACACAUAAAGGAAGAAGAAGAGACGGAUGUGAGUGAUGAUGAGCAGUAUAAGAAGGACAUUCCUAUAGGAAAAGAUCUAAUCUAUAUUUUUGCUAAAGACAUAAAGAAAGAAGAAGAGACAGAUGUGAGCAGUGAUGAGCAGUAUAAGGAGGAUAUUCCUACAGGGAAAGAUCUGAUCUAUAUUAAUGCUACAGACAUAAAGGAAGAAGAAGAGACACAUGUGAGCAGUGAUGAGCAGUAUAAGGAGGACAUUCCUACAGGUAACCAUCCAGAUUCUUGUAGCAGGAGAUCAGAGGAGAAUCUUAUAUCUUCAGAUUAUAAAGCAGAUGAUGAUAUCACACAAGAUACAUAUGAAGAACAUUCCAUUAUCCCAGAUACACCCUCAGCCCUUCACAGCCAAGAUCUGUCAUCUCAUCCUUAUAUACAGGUCCUGUCUUCUCAGUCAUCACAGGAUGUUAUGCAAAAUAAAAGUAAUAGUAUAAGUGUUGAGCAUCAAAAAGCUCCCACAGAGGAGAUGCUAUUUCCAUGUUCAGAAUGUGGGAUAUGUUUUACUCAGGAAUCAAAUCUUGUUCAGCAUCAGAGAAUUCACUUAGGAGAAAAGAUAUUACUAUGCCCAGAAUGUGGGAAAUGUUUAAUUGAAAAAUCAGAUUUUGUGAAGUCCUUACAAUGCCCAGAAUGUGGGAAAUGUUUUACUUGGAAAUCAGAUGUUGUUGAACGUCUAAGAACUCACUCAGGAGAGAAGCCCUUUUCAUGUUCAGAAUGUGAAAGAUGUUUUACUCGGGAAUCAAAUCUUGAAACACAUCAGAGAACUCACAGAAAGGAGAAAUUUUCAUGCUCAGAAUGUGGUAAAUCUUUUACUUACAAAUCAAAACUUGUAACACAUCAAAGAACUCACACAGGGGAGAAGCCAUUUUCAUGUUCAAAAUGUGGGAAAUGUUUUAUUAACAAAUCAAGUCUUGUUAGACAUCAAAGAACUCACACAGGGGAGAAGCCGUUUUCAUGUUCAGAAUGUGGGAAAUGUUAUGUUCACAAAGCAGGUCUUGUUCAUCAUCAGACUAGACGGUUUCAUUUUUUUUGGAAAUAACAGCUCCGCUGGCUCAAAUGGGUAGACAUUAUGUGGUCCCUAAAGGGGGACCUACAGACAAAUAGAAAGAUUUGCCACAAAUUGGGACUCAUUAUUAAAACUUAACCUUUAAUAUAUAUAUAUAUAUAUAUAUAUAUAUA